AUGGUGAGUGACUGUCCAUCCCUCCCUUCUGAACCGCUGUGGGAAUCCACUGCUCUCUCUGUCUCCCUAGCAUCGUCCCACAUGGCACGUCUCUGCCUACCUCCUCGGCCUCUGGUGAGUGACUGUCCAUCCCUCCCUUCUGAACCGCUGUGGGAGUCCACUGCUCUCUCCUCCUCCCCACCCUCGUCUCACAUGCAUAUCUCUGCCUACCUGCUCGGCCUCUGCACCACUCCAGUCGCUCCUCUUACAUGUGCAGCAUCACACCAGGCGCCUGUGGGAGUGACUUUUGAGUCGACUCAAAAGUCACCUCCUCCUCUUCCAUGUGCAACUCACCGGGCGCCUGUGGGAGUCCACCGCCAUUUCUUCCUCCUCCCCACCCUCCUCCCCACCCUCCUCCCCACCCUCCUCCCCACCCUCCUCCCCACCCUCCUCCCGCAUGCACGUCCUGCCUACCUCCUCCCCACCCCAUCCACCAUCCUCUUCUCCCCCCCUCCCUCCCCCAACCCCACCACCAGCUACUACUACGUUGCUGCUCCGCUCUCAUUCUUCUUCGCUGGUCGUCCUGCUCUGCCUGCUGACGUCACGAGAAUAGCAAGCAUGGCUGCUGCUGACAUCACGAGCGUAGCAUGCCUUAUUGCUGGAGCAGCAGUGUUCGCAUGGGGCAACCUUCACCAGCACAGAUGCCAUGCUAUUCUGGCCAGUUUGAGGCAAGGGGGCAAAAAAGGGUACUUCGUACCUCAGGGGGACUGGUUCACUCACGUCUCAUGCCCACACUACUUAGCAGAGAUUGUGAUAUACUUCGGUUUACUCCUAUCACUUGGAUCUAGGAUGCUUGACUCAACACUGGUGCUCAUGUUUGCAUGGGUGGUUUCCAACCUGACACUAUCUGCACUAGAAACCCAUGAACGUUAUCUUGCAAAGUUCCCUGACUAUCCCCGGCACAGAAGGGCUAUGUUGCCAUAUACACUCUAG